CUAAAGAGAAAUCCAGACAUGAGGAAGGUUUUGUUAGUGGAACCUGCCAUUGCCAUUUAUGCUUUUGCUUUCUUCUUGACUGUACCGGUGAUUCAGCAGUAUAUUUAUCGGAGGAUAUGGGAAGAAACAAGCAACUCCAGUUUAAUGGAAAAUACUACUACUACUUACUGUGAACUAAACAAAAGUAAUCCAGCCUAUAUCAAACAGAAGGAAGUCCAAGAAAAGACCUCUCUUUUUCUCAUGGAGAUGGACUUAACUAGCACAGUUCCCAGCAUUUUGGUUGCCAUUAUCCUUGUAGCUGAUGGGGAUCGCCAUGGACGCAAAAAAUCUUUAGUUCUGCCUUCAGUGGGAGGUCUUAUAUCCAACAUUCUCCUCAGUGCAUUAUCAUAUUUCUCCCUGUCCCACUCUAUUUUUUUUGCAAUUUCAUUUUUUGGUUCACUGUUUGGAAGCCUUGCAACUUUCAUUGGAGGAGGCUUUGCCUUUAUAGCUGACCUAUGUAAGGAAGAGAAGCAGAAAACUAUACGCAUAGCUGCGGUUGAUUUGAUUUUUGGACUUUCUUCUGGAUUAGCAGGACUGACUUCUGGCUACUUCAUAAGGGGAUUAGGCUUUCCAUGGACAUUUGGGGUUGCUUCUCUGCUUCACCUUAUUAAUAUUUUCUAUAUUAUAUUUUGGCUAGAGGAAACAGUACGUGUAUCAGAAUUCCAGCAAAACACAUCAGUAUCUUGUAUAGAAGGUCUUAAAGAAACAUUUUCUGGAGUGUACAUGCUUUUUAAAGCUUCCACUUGUAAAAAACGAACUUUAAUCAUUGUAUUGCUUUUUACCUUCAUGAUGUAUUUUUUUACCUGGAUUGGUGGGAGUUCUCUUUUUACGUUGUAUGAAUUGGAUGAACCACUCUGCUGGAAUGAAAUCUAUAUAGGAUAUGGAGCAGCUACAUUCACUUCUAUUUCUCUGACCAGUUUUUUAGGAGUUUAUUUGUUUUCACAUUGUCUCAGGGACAUCUAUAUUGUCUUCAUUGGGAUGUUUUCUUACAUUGGAGGAAUAGUCAUGGCUGCUUUUGCCAAAACUACACUGCUCAUGUUUUUAGUGAGGGUGCCCUCUCUCCUAUGUUUUAUGCCCAUUCCAGUUCUACGGUCUAUGUUGUCGAAAGUGGUUCUGGCUAGUGAACAAGGUGCUGUGUUUGCUUGCAUUGCCUGCUUAGAAGUUUUGACUGGUGCCUGUUCAUAUGCAGUCUUUAAUAGUCUCUAUGCAGCCACUGUAGCUUGGUUUCCAGGCUUCAGUUUCCUCUUCUCAGCUGGUCUUUGUAUAAUUCCACUGGCUGUCCUGUGCUGGCUUAUGUGCACCAGCUGGCACGAAGAGGACUUGGCAUCACGUGAAUAUGAAGAAGUAUCCAGUGAAGAAAGUAAUGAGAGAUGAACAAAGAAUUCACCUACUCGGGGUUUCUGAUGUGUAGUGGCACAAACUGGGGAGAGAGUCUGACAGUUGUAGAUGAAAACUGGACAGUAAAUCUUCAACAAUGACCAUAUAACUGCUAGCAUUUCCAGUCUUCCUAUUUGAUGCUAGAAUGAGUAUAAUCCUUAUAUUUAACUAUACAAAAAGGGUAAGUGUAGAAAGUCUAUCAGUUUUUAAAGUAUAGCAAAAACAAUUUAAAUUAUCCAUUUAUGAAUCAGAAUUUAGAAUGACUUUUUAUAUGCUGUGCUCUAGGAUAGUGUUUCUCAACCUUUUUUUUAUAAAGUACCCCUUUAAAAAAACAAACAUUCAGUUUUCUCUAAAUUUCAGUUGUGUUGACGUACCCCCCAGACUUCUCUUGAGUACCCGUAAGGGUACUCGUACCAUUGGUUGAGAAACACUGCUCUAGGAUUUGCAAAUGUCUCUUUCAGAAUUAAGAAAAAAAUGUCAGAGCCAUAUUUUGUUCUCUCUCAGGUCUGAAAUGGAUUUGAAGUGAUAUGGUGCAGCUUUGUCAUCUUAAUUUGUGUGACAGUGAGAGUUUUCUUAAUUAUCAGCUUGUAUAAAUCACUGUAGUUCUAUUGACGCCAAUGGAGCUAUGCCAGUUUGCACCAUCUGAGGAUCUGGCCCACAGUGUGCAUCUCAAAGGAUUUUUGUGUUACUGUAGAGCCUAUAGGACAGUUUAAAAUGAGCAAAUACUUGAAAUCAAAUUCAUGUUACACAGGUUUAAAAGAAAGCAGUGUACAUCUGGGGUUAAGCUUGGGUUAUGAAAAAUUACAAGUAUCGGUUACAAAGUUCACAAGAUACAUAGGGUACACAACCAGCAUUGUCCCAGAUUAAGCUGUGUGAAUUUUUAAGCAGAAGACAAUGUGUUCUUAGGUACUCCAACCAUCCAGCUCCAUUGUUUUGGAUUCUUGAUAUGGACACUCAGCUUGUUGAAACACCGCUGAGGCCAGCUUGUUUCAUACACAUCAACCAGCUGCAAUAUUGUGAUGACUUUUGCUCAUCGCCUUCAGUGUACACUCUAAUCUCUAAUUGUAUUCCUACAGUCAUUGGAUGGAUACGGACAUAAUCUCACUCAUAAGUUAAGUUAUUAAUUUUACAUAGAAAUUGUUGUGCCAGAACACAGUAUAUCCAUCCCCCGUCUUGUAUAUGGCAGUGACAAAAGUGAGAAGAGGUAUCUGUUCCUGACCCUAGCUCAGGAGUGGGCAGUUUUUGGUGGGAGGGGGACCAUUCCAAAUUUUUGGAAAGUGGUCAAGGGCUGAACUUUUCUGUGGAGAGGAUGGAGGUUGGGUACAGAAGGGUGCACAGGGUGAGGGACUAGGGUGCAGGAGAUGGUGUGAGGAGUUUGGAGUGAAGGAGGGGGGUGAGUUGGGUCAGGAGAAUGGGAUGCAGAGUCUGUGUAGGUGUUUGGAUGCAGGAGAGGAUUCUGGCCUGAGGGAGGGGUGUAAGAGGGGGUACAGUGGAUUUGGAUGGUGACCUGGGGGAGGGGCAGGGGUUCCAGAGGGAAGCUGUAGCUGGGAGGUGCUUACCUAAGUGUCUCCUGGCCAGCAGCACUGCAGCGUCCCCAAGAAAGGCUGGACUCCCUGCCUGCUGCAGCCCCAGACCACUUCAAACUCUAGGCUGCACCCUUGAGGGCUGUGUCUAGACUGGCUAGUUUUUUCGGAAAAUCAGCUGCUUUUCCGGAAAAACUUGCCAGCUGUCUACACUGGCCGCUUGAAUUUCCGCAAAA